AUGCAGAAAUUGAUUGUAUUCUUUGCUAUCAUCUUGGUUUAUCAAGUUGUCGCUGAGAGCGUGCCAUUCACCCUAGCCAAUGCAGCGCGCAAGGAAUGUGGUCUUCAAACAAGCAAAAGCAUCCAACAAACAAUGCCGUCGGCCCGCAGUGUUGUCUUGAGAUUGAAUGGGGGAAGCAACACUUUCGAAUCCCUUCUGGAUGAAGGGGAAAAUGGCCAGAAACCGCAAGGACAAGAGGAGGAGGCUCCACUAUCCAAGAAAGAAAAAGCUCACAAGUUCCAUGAUGCCGCUCACGAAGCUAAAGUUCGUGCCUCGAGAUCAGAGAGUGUCGGAAGCCACGCUGAGGAAGGGUCUGACACCAAGAGGAGCGGUAGCCAGCAUCAAAAGAGGAGCAAGAGUGUUUCAGCCAAGCAAGAGGCUCAUGAAAUUCAAGUGGAAGUUGAGAAACAUGAGCAAGAUGUGAUACAGGAAGAUGAAGCUGCUGGAGGAGCAAAUGACGAAGAAAUUGCUGCCAAAGAUUCUCCUCAAGUCAUCGCAGGUUCUCGCAACAAUGCAAAGAACAUUUCGACAGCCAUGAAGGACAACUUGAUCGCUUAUGAUGAUUUCAUCAAGAAAAAGACAAAUGCUAAAAUAUCAUUGGUGAAUCUUUUGAAGAAGGAAAACCAAGCCGAAGCAGAUGAUGCAGGGACAGAACAAGUAGAGCAGGACGAGGACGAGGGCGAGGGUGAGUAUGAGGGCGAGGGCGAGGGCGAGUAUGAGGGCGAGGGUGAGUAUGAAGGCGAGGGUGAGUAUGAGGGCGAGUAUGAGGGCGAAGAAGAAUACGAAGAGGGUGGAGCUGAGGAAGGCGAGGCAUACGAUGAAGACGCUGCGAAUACCUUGCCAGUUGUUGAUGGCAUUCCUGCCUUGGAAGCUAGAAAAGAUCGUGACAUGAAGGAUCUAGGAGACUGGUUUGAAGAAGAAGAUUACAACGGGAGGAAAAGCGAUCGUCGUCUUCAGAAAAAAUCGAAUGAGCCCCAAGAUGAAGGGACGGCUCCUGGUGGAAUUCACGGCACCAAAACGACUGGAAAUGUUGUUCGCCAGCAGCGACGCGAAUACGAUACAGAUUUGGCGAAUGGUGAAAGCAAGAUUGAUGAGCGAUUAGCUCGUUUGAUGGCAAAAUCCGAUAAGUUGGAGUGGAUUGCGGGUUCACAAGCCAUGGCCGUGCCUAAAAGUCCCCCAAACCAGGUUUCAGAUCGCUUUCAGAACAAUCGCGGAAGGAGAGGGGGACGCGGUGGCCCCGGUGGAGGAGGAAGGUUUGGUCGUGGCCGAGGAAUGGGGACUCGAAACUUCCGCAAUUACACAGGCUCCACCCACACUGAGGGUGGAUAUGAGCAGGACAGGAAUGGCACGAGAGCGAGGGGAUACAGCCGAGGCUACAGGGGCAGAGGAGCUUUCCAUGGUGGGUUUGUGAGGUCAGACGGUAAUGGGACCAUGCCGCUGAACCGUGGAAACGGAACAUACGCACCCAGUGGAGCUUUUGUGCGCAGAGGGAACUCUGCAGGAAGAGGAGCGGGAUAUACGGGAAGAGGAGCGGGAUAUGCGGGAGGAAGAGCGGGAUAUGCGGGAGGAGGAGCGGGAUACGUGGGAGGAGGAGCGGGAUAUGCGGGUAGAGGAGCGGGAUUCGCAGGUCGAGGAAUGCCGUUCAGAGGAAGGGGAGCGUCGUUUCAGGGCAGGGGAAUGACAGGAGAAGGAAGAGGAGCGUUCAUGGGCAGAGGACGAGGCACGUACCGCGGAGGGUCGGGCAGAGGCGACCAUGCAGGGUCAGGGUUCCGAGAGGAAGAAUACCCCGCGCUCGGCAGCGUGCCUUGA